CUCUCUCUCUCUGUCUCUGGUGGGAGGCGCAGUGAGUGAAGGGAUCUGUGCAGGUUGUUUGUGCUGUUAUUAACAUGUUGCUAACAUGAGCAGCAGCGGGUUCCCCACGCCGCUUUCCUCCCACGCGGGACGCGGAAUCUUCCAGGACGUUUACGAGGCCGCGGAGGACUCGUUCCUGCUGAUGGACGCGCUGCAGAAAGACGCCGAGACGCUGCAGCGGAUGAGCCCCUGCGUGUGCGUGGAGGUGGGCAGCGGCUCCGGAGCGGUCAGCGCCUUUCUUGCCUCGGUCAUCGGACCUGCAGCUCUGUGCAUCUGCACUGACGUGAAUCCGGCUGCCGCUCAUUGCACAGCCAGAACCGCCUCCUGUAACCGGGUCGCCCUGCAGCCCGUCAUCACAGACCUGGUCCAGGGUCUGUUGCCGAGGCUCGGUGGGCAGGUGGAUGUCCUCCUCUUCAAUCCGCCCUAUGUUGUCACUCCGUCAGAGGAGGUGGGCAGCAGAGGGGUCGAGGCGUCCUGGGCCGGAGGUCAGCGGGGCAGAGAGGUCACCGACAGGUUCCUCCCUCUGGUCCCUGGGCUCCUGUCCACCAGAGGUUUAUUCUACCUGGUGACCAUUGUUGAGAACCAGCCGGGUCAGUCAGUCAGUCAAUGCAGACAUGAGAUGUUUAUGGGAAUGGGAGAGUUAGGUUUCAGUUUGUCCACAGAUGACAUCAUCAGGUUAAUGAGUCACUUUGACCUGGAAGGAGAGAGCAGCCUGACGACCAGAGCCGGCAACGAGAGGCUGUCUGUGCUGCGUUUCCACAGGAAGCAGCAGAGGAGACAGUGAGAGGUGAGACACUACAGACAGUCAGACUCUAUGUCCUCCACACCGCCUGUCCCUCUGGUCCCAGUUGGACGGCUCCACUGGCCACCAGCUCCAGC